AUGUCCGAGUGGCGCCGCUUCCUCCAUGCGUCCAAGAGCCAGAGCAAGCUCACGAUGACGCUGCCAUUGGACUACAUCCAGAAGAAGUCGGCCAUGGCGCUCUGCCUCCCCGAGCAGCGUACGGCCAUGGAGACCCUCGACAAGCUCAUCGACGAGGCGACCUCCGACUAUGCGACCGCCGAGAACUGGCCGCUCAUCAUCGCGGUCGUCGACAAGCUCAACGCCGUUCUUGACGACGAGGUCCGCGACGAGGCGGCGCGCAUGGUGCGCAUGCGACUCGCGAACCCGUCGACGACCGUCGUCCUCGCCGCGCUGCAUCUGGUCGAGGCCAUCGUCAAGAAUUGCGGCAAGGGCAUGCGCCAGCGGAUCGCCAAGCCCAAGUUGAUGCACACGCUCGAGAUGCUGUACAAGGAGCAUGCCAACAAGCGAGGGCGCGACAGCUUGGAGAUCCAGGCGCGGACGCUGGAGCUCGUGCAGGCGUGGGGCGAGGCCUUCCUUCCGUUCCGGCGCGACUUUGCGGGCUUUGUGGACACCUACCAUAAAAUGCGGAUCCAGGGCGUGCACUUCCCAACGCAGUACGACACGACGCGGGCGCCCGUGCUGUCGCCGCCGCGCGGCCACGAAGACAACCCGUUUGCGUUUGCGGCGGACCAAGUCGAGGACGAGCCGGCGCCGAGUGCGUACAAGAACCUCCCGCCCGAGGACACGUACCAUGUGACCAAGAACAUCAUGGACAUGAUGGACGACAUGCUGCACGAGUGCAGCAAGACCAACUAUGCGACACUCCACAGCAAUGACAUUCUGCAGGACUUGGCCGUGCAGCUCAAGCAACUCGAGAAGCGCCUCGUUGUCGUCAUCGAGCAAGAAGCCAAUCGGAACGGCGCGCAUCUGGAAAAGUACCUGAGCUUGAACGACGAAGUGCAGCAAGCGAUGCUCCACUUCAAAGAGGCGUGCGGGAUCGCGGUCAAGCAAGUGACGAGUCCUCCGUCGUCGCGCAAGCACAAGCAAGACGAUGCGAUGCAUGACAACGACCUUGUCAAGGAAGGCGUGCUCUCGCCCCGCAAGGCCGCCAAGUCGACCUUCGCCGACGACCGGUCGACGCCCAAGAAGCCCGCGACGACAGACGAUAACGAUGACGACGACGAUCCCUUUGCGGCCUUUGCCAAGGAGCGCGUACAAAAGCUGUCGGCGGUCGCGGGGGCCGCUGCGCCCAGCGUAGGUCCCCUCAUUUCGUUUGAUGACGAGGCGCCGGUGGUUGCUAAAACCUCCGUGCCCGAGACAACGAAGGACGACGCGCCGCUGAUUUUUGGGACGAUGAUCUGA